AAUGUUCAAUAAAACAACAUGGCUGAUACCAUAAGAAACGUGCGAUUACAGCUAAAACAAAUUAAAGCUACUCUAGCUGAAGGAAACGUCGAAGGAGCUGGUAAUAUCAAAAUAGUAUAAUAGGAAUUCAUUGCCUUAAUAAUUUAACUAUUAGACAGUUUAUCUCCUGUCAUACCUCGAUGCUGUUUGUUCUAUAAAAAAACUUGCUAUUUUGUCCAGUUAAGUUAGGCUAGUACUAGUGGUUAGUAGUAGGUUAACCUCGGCUAGGUUACCAAAUCAUGAACUGAAAAAAAAACGGGACAUACCCAAGGAGGUUUGUUGCACACGGAAAAUUCUGAUCAUUUAUAAUAUGGACUCUACUACAGGGUUUUUAAAGCUCAAAUUAAAACAUUCCAGUUUAAAUGUCUUCAAAAUGCAUUCUGAAACUGAAACACAAGUUAUCAAAUAUUUUUAUAUGUAUAGUGGUAAUAAUUAAACAUUUUGUGGGUAUCAGCAACUUCCGCCAUUAAAAAGGGGGCGUGGCCCACGCCAUGUCGAAAUAAGGCUGAGCCCCCUUAUGGUGAUAUGGGUCACUGGGAGAAGCGUAGCGAACGUGGGACACGACCUAAAUCAAUAAGAAUUGGCACAGAUAUAUAUCAAUAUCUAAUGCCUUACUCGAUUUAAUAUGAAAGACAUGUUCCUUUUAUUUCACAAAAAAAUUUGUAUUCGAAGAUGCCUUAUAUAUACCAACGAUUUUCAAAAUGAAGGUCGAUUGAAAAAGCAAAAUAGCUGGAUGGAAAUGUAGGCCAAGAUGUCUUCCAAAUUAUAAGGCCGGAAACGGAACUCAAAUAUAUGUCGAAAGAACUAAUUUAAUAAUAAAUAGACACACACAUCGGGAAAUUAAAAACUCAGAUUUUUCAGCGCCGACGCCCAUUUCUGAUACACAAAACGUAGUAGUCUCCCUUGUUUUAUCGAAGUAUCAAGUAUAGAGGCUAUAAAGUUAUAUAGCACAAUACUAAUACAUUUAAAUACUUAUUACUGCCAAGCUACCGAUAUGCCAGGAAGAAAAAGAGACAACAAUUAUUUUUUUUGAUCCAGGUGACGUGGAUGUCCACACACAGAAUGUGGAAAAAGUGAAUGCUCAGAAAGCAUAAACUGAAAAGACAGUUUGGCACAAGACGUGCCGGUGAUCUUUCCCCUUCAUAUUUACGUGGAUUCAUGUACCACAACCGUUUUCGUGGAAAUUAUAUUUUUUUAAACUUCACUGUCAACUUGGGGGAUAAUUAUGCAUAAUUCCAUUUUCACACAUUAUAUUCUAUUUCAAAAAAAUUGUUAUAGUUUUUCUAUUUUAAAAAAAUUGUCUAUUAUUAUGGGAAUGAAUACGUACAACCAAUUUCAUUAAAAAUAAUAUAAAAAUAGUUGUUUAAUUAGCCCUUCCAACCGGAACAGCUGGAUUUUUUCUUGGCCGACGCUCAAAUGGUAGAUAACCAAAGAGGGGAUUAGGGGCCUCCGCCAGAAACUGUUUUUUGAUAUAUGUUCAUUUUAACUAUUUUGAGACCUAGAAAUCUUUUAAAUUUACCUUCACUUCAUUAAACGUAGCGGUAGCGGAAUCAAAAUUGGUUUUUGCGCAGUUACAUCCUCCUCACGGCUUCAAGUCUCUUGUCAUUCGCUAUACAUAUAAAAGAUAUGGCAGGGACACUGUCAUUUACACAGCCAUGGUAGAGGGGAACAGUGCAUCCAUCACGCGAGCCCACAUCACUACUGGCACUGGCUACAAAAACAAAGCUAGCCAAAAUAUUACUUGAAGUCAUAUUAUAAAUUAGGAAGUUUUAUUGAUUUGAAAUGUGUUUGGUUUUAAAAACGGGACAUUUAGGCAUCCCAAGAGACUUUUCGGGACACCGGGUACCAUCUUGAAAAAAACGGGAUAAUCCCGUUGUGACAGUUCGUUUGGUCACCCAAGGCGAAGUCAUUAACCAUCUGAAAUAGAAAGAAGCACAGACUAACUUAUUAAUAAUUAAGUUAUUGUGGAUAAUCUCAUAAUUUAGCGCAAUAAAUAAAUGCCAUUGACGAGUGAACAUGAUUAAGUGUUGAAAUUAAAAACUGCCUAUUUACCUGAUACUGAUGGAACUAAAAUAAAACCCUCCAAAAAAUAAUUUAGAAACUUAAUUAUUUAUACCGGCAGCAGCAUAGGACAAGGGUAAAUGCAGACAAUUAGUGCCAUGACAUAUCAUACGGCCGCCAUCUUGGUUGUCACGACCCGUGAACUUUUAUAAUUCACUGUUACUAAACCUAACUUUAACCCUAAAAAAUGUAUCCCUAAACUUAACCUGAACCCUAAAUGUAUCCUUAAUGACAUCAUGGCACCAAUUCUCUGCAUUAGCCAGAGGUAAAUGCAGACAAUUGGUGCCAUGACGUAUCACAUGACAUUCUUUGCAUUAGCCUGGACAAGUAUUGGCAAUCCUCCUAACGGCACUCCUAAAGGUCAAAUAGUCAUCAUUUACUUUUGUUUGAAAGUACCCGGCUACCAGCCUAAUAGUAAUAGUCACUGAUUAUUGGUUUACAUCUAAUUGUUUGCAGACUAAUUAUUGCUUGUAAUUUUAAUAAUAUAAAGUAAACAGUUAUACUUAUAGGUACUUCGGUAAAGCAAAGGAGACUACUAAAAUUUUUAUAGGAAAUGGGCCUUUUAAAAUUUUUUUUUGAUGUUGGUGCUAUUUCAUUCAUAAAGUAAUUACUAUAACCCACAAUUGAUUGUGUUCUUUUCCGAUCUUUCGCUUUAGAGGAAAACUUGGCUUAUGUUUUUAUAGAUUAGGCCUAAAUUUCUUUUUCAUUUACAACCAGUCAAGUUUUAGGAAAUCCUUGGUGAAUAUUAGGCAACUUUCAUAAUUAAGAUUAAGUCGAAGUUAAGGAUAUGUUAUGGCCAUAUUUUUUAUGCAUGUCUGGCAUACAUUGAUCUACAUGUAUGCCAAUUUUCACAGCACUAUGUGAGUUAAACAAGAGACGCCAUGUUUCCAUGCGUUCGCAGCAUGUUAUGCCGUUCCCUUAACCCAAUUCCGAUGGAUGUGACCAUGCCCCCUUUUUAAUGGCAGAAGUUGCCAAGAAAUAUUCAAUUAUUAUCACUAUUUAACAGGGAUAACUUAUGUUUUAGAGUGAACUUGGAAGAAUAACAAACACUAAUUCGAUUAAAAAUACUGAAACAGUGAUAAGUUCAAGCCCAGUCACUGUGAGAGAGAAUUAAUCAUAUUCCAUACAACAAUAAACUAUAAUCUAUAGUACCCAUAGGCCAAUCACAAUGAAAAACUAUCACUGGCCUAACGUCAACGGCAUUUAAUUUACAAUGCUCAAAUUGUACCCAGAUUGAAUGUUUAUGUUACCAUUUUUAAAAAUAAUUUUUACAUUUUAUUAUCAGAGCUAACAAAAUUAAAAAAGAGGAGGAGAAAACUGAAAGCUGAGCUUGCUGCUGCAAAAGCCUUGUUGAAUGAGUCUGCGAUUUCAGGUUAGUUAUGGUAGCCACAUAGGUUCUUUGAUAAAGUAAAGGAAACUUCUUCUAAAUUUGUAUUGGGAAUGAGGGUCAGGGCUUGAAGAUACUGAGCAUUUUUAUUUGCAAAGCUUAUUUUUAUUUUAUCAAUUUUAAGCACUUUUUCUUUAUAAUUACAAUCUUUGACUCUUAUCAAUCCCUUAUGAUAUAAAAGGCCUCUUUUUCUUGAUCUACAUUCCCAUAUAAAUUUUGCACUCUGCCAUGGCCUAUGUCUAUGUUUGAUUUAUUGGCAGUAAAUUCAUUGAGCUAGGAAUAUUUACUAGAGAUCUGCACCUUUUAAAUUAGACUGUACAUGAUACCAUUUUUUUGCCAUGCUGGCACUGCCCUCUUCAAUACCAAAAAAUAUUUUUAAGCCUACAGAAUUAUGUAACUUUCCGAAUGUUUACCAUUCAUAUUAUAUUUUUGAAGGAUUUAUCAAAAUAAUUAGGCCUACAUUUUUUUUCGUAAUUAAUAUGAACAUUUUGCUUGUAUAGAUAUUAGAACUUGGUCACAAAAUGUGAAGGUGCAGUUCAUAGAAAAAUAGAACAAAUGACCUUGCAUUUUAAAUAUUCAAAGCUCAAAAACUACCCUAGUUGAUGUAACUAGACUUAAAAUAGUCAAAAUCUCCUACUAUACUAUAGGUGAGGCCAGUAUAAUAUUCAAAUCUAUUUGCUGGUGACAUACUAUUUGAUCACAUCGUUAAAUAUAGGUGCAAGUUUCACUCAAAAGGUGCACCCAAAAUCUUUAAUUUAUUAAACAAAAUAAUGACCCUGAUUAGCCUUGUUGUCCAAGAUGUACAUAAUGAUCUAGGGCAAGGGGAAGGAUUAGCCAAACACAUUCUCUUUUUACCCUAUGUUUGCAAGCCCCAUAUAGUUGGCCAGACUGACAUCUCAAAUCUAUUUUCAACAUCACAUUCACAACCAUCUGUAUACUGGAGUGGGUUUCUUCUUCUUCAUUAUUUAGGUGCUAAUUAAGAUGAAUGUUGAAGUUUUAGUAGUAUAACUCCCUAAUAUUUGAUGAAAGCAAGUGUAUCACAAAUACUUUAUAAUUAAAAGUGUAAAAAGUGUGCAUGGUUUUCUUCAAAGUUCACUAUGGCCAAAAGUUAGUAUUACUGAGUACCACUUUGCAAUCUGAUCCAGUUUUAGUUGGAUUUAAAGUGAUAUCAAAUACAUGAUUUAGUGUAUGAUUGUUAACGCAAAGAUGAUUGAUUUUUAUCAAAAUAUAAGGGCUUUAUAAAGUUUGCAAUGUUUUUUUCUAAUUUUGAAAUAGUAUCCCACAAUAUUUUAAGGUUUUCAAACAUUGAUGACCAUUGAAGCUUGCCAAAAAUGUCCACUUUGAUUUGCAUUGUUUCUGUUACCGCAUGCCUUCUCCCAUUGACAUGGGGUUUACAUUAUAUGUGCUUUUCAUUGUAUUAAUUUUAGUAUAUUUUAACAUAAUUUAUCAACUUAGAGCUUUUCAUUUUUAUUGAAGGUGAUGAAGAAACAGGGAAAGAAAAGGAAAGUGCUGAAGAAGGAGAUGGAGAGGAGGAAAAAGAGGAAGGUAGUGAUGAAGAAGUAUCUAUGAAUGAAGAUCCACCUGCAGAAGAAAAUGGGACUAGUGUCCUUGGUGACUCUUCAUUUGCUUCACUAGCUGGAAAAGUCAGUGAUUUAACCUUACAAGGAGUUGCAGAAAUGGGCUUUACACACAUGACAGAGAUUCAACAUAAAUCCAUACCUUAUCUUUUAGAGGGAAGGUGUGUUUCAAGCUGAAGUAUUUUUAUUUAUCUAUCUGUUCUUGUAAAAUAAUCCAUCCCUUUUUACAAUUUUUUUAAAAUUAAAUUUUUUAAUUUUUGGUUUUUGAAAUAGGAGAAUUGCUAAUGGUUUUUUUUCCUCUUUCUCUCUAAGGGAUUUGAUGGGAGCAGCUAAAACUGGAAGUGGUAAAACUCUAGCUUUCCUUAUACCGGCUAUUGAGCUGGUCAACAAAUGUCACUUCAUGCCUCGUAAUGGCACUGGUGUUAUUAUAAUUUCUCCCACAAGAGAACUGUCUAUGCAGGUAUAUAAAUUAAGUUACAUUACAUGCACACAGUAAUUAUAUAGCAAAAAAAUUUAUUGGUUAGUUUGUUUGCACUCUUUAGGAAUUAUUAUAUGUCCCAUGUAUAAUUUGUAAAAUAUCCUCAGACAUUUGGAGUUUUAAAAGAACUACUGAAAUACCAUCACCAUACAUACGGCCUAGUUAUGGGUGGAACCAACCGUAGUGACGAGGCCAAGAAAUUAACUAAAGGGAUCAAUAUUUUAGUAGCAACACCUGGGCGCUUACUGGAUCAUUUACAGGUAGUUUGUUAUAGAAGUUAAAAAUUAUCAAAUAAUAAGUUAUUUUUUUAUACUAUGUAUUGAAAAUUAGGGGAAUAGUACACAGUUUACUAGACUAAUUCUAAAGGAAGUUAUAUGACGUUACUCAGAUUGUGUUGUGGUAAUGUUGGAUAUUUUAAAAAGAAUAAAAUAACAGGGCAUAUUCAAGCAUGCUAUUAAAUUAAUCUUUUUAUUCUCAUAUUAUACAUUUUUGUAUUUUUAAUGUCAAUAAUUUGUCUAAAAUUUUUUUUCUUAAGAAUACAAAAGAUUUCCUUUACAAGAAUCUCCAAUGUCUUAUUAUUGAUGAAGCAGACAGAAUUCUAGACAUGGGUUUUGAAGAGGAAAUGAAACAAAUUAUUAAAUUGUUGCCAAGUAAGUCUAGCAAAAAUCUCUAAAAGAAAAAAAGGCAAAUAAAAAUGGGAUGAUAAAAUAAAAUUUGUUCUUAUUUUGCAAGGGGAAUAAACGGUAGAUGUUUCAAAAUAGUCUAUUUUAAAUUUAUGAUACUUUCCCUUAAAACUAGAAAAGCGUCAAACAAUGCUGUUUUCUGCCACACCAACAAGAAAGACUGAAGACUUGGCCAGAAUUUCUCUUAAGAAGGAGCCAUUUUAUGUGGGUGUUGAUGAUAAAAAACAAGAAGCUACUGUUGAAGGCUUGGAGCAGGUUUGUAUAUCUAUAAAUAAAUUAAUACAUUUGAAUCUCAUUUAUUAGGUUCAGUAAAUUAUCUCUUUACAGUUUGCUGUACCUUAAAUCCCAUAUAAAUUGAGCUCAUUGUACAGUCACAAUAUUCUGCCUAACGGCAACCGGUACAACUUAUUUAACUAAAACUGUACCAAUAAGCAGAACUCCAUGGCAUUUGAAAAUAUGCUCUUGCUGCUUAUAACCUGGAUAUAUACACAGUUAACGUAACCUUUUUUAUCAGCUAUGAGAGGUUCAUUUUUUCUCUGACUUUGUGAUAACAUCAGUGAUGGUAAAUAGUCUGAAAAAUUAAAUACAUGUAUAUAAUGUGUUUAUAAUAUACAUUUAAAUUUAAUAGAGUUAAACCGGAUGUAGUUUUUUUACACGCCGGUCUGGGUAUUUUGAGAAAAUACCCUGUGGGUCCAAGGCUUACAAAAAAAAGAGUUAAGUUAUCAUAUUCCAUAAACAAUAGGCUUACAGACAGUCCAACACCUUAUUUGCGUGCCUUAAAACAAUUCCCCUACAGACAGAGACGGUACUACACUGUAACCAUGGCUCUUUACUGAUUAAUAUAAUAGAACGUUAAAAAAAUCAACCUUUUUACCUGAGUUCAAGUGUCAUUUAUGACGCUCGCUGUGUGACAUCUCUUUUUUUCCACUCAGUACUUUCAAGUUAAUAUUAAACAUGUUGAGUUGAAGGAUGGUGGGUUGUGAAAAGGAAGCAGGACACACCAGACGCAAAAUAAAUAUAAGAGAUAGAUAAAAUUAUAAAUUUUCAAAAUAUAUAUAAAUGUACACAUAUAUCUUAAUGCUGUUAAAAUAAUUAGUAGUAGUACAUGAUGUUACACAUUUGAACAAGGCUUUCUGGAACUAUUCACUACAACAUCCAUUAUUAUAUAUAUAUAUAUUUCAGGAAUCAAACUUCAACAAUCUUUCACUGACUUUAUAUCUUAUCUAGUUUGGAAAAUUAAGUUGUGUUUAUUUGAUAUUUUUAUAGCUUGGUGUAUGUUAUUGUGGUUCAGGGAUAAAAUCUACAUUUGCUUGUUGUGCUUAUCCCCUUGAUAUAUCAAAUACUUCAAAACAUUUGUCUGUUUAUCUUAUACACACUUUAUUUUUGUGGGUAAAAGCUUAUAUAUAUAUAUAUAUAUAUAUAUUUCUUCACAGGGCUAUGUGGUCUGUGAGCCAGAUAAAAGGUUCUUGCUUCUCUUUACAUUUUUGAAGAAGAACAAGAAACGGAAGAUUAUGGUUUUUCUUUCUUCCUGUAUGGCUGUCAGAUUCUACAGCGAGCUUCUUAACUACAUAGACCUCACUGUUAUGUGCAUUCAUGUAAGAUUUAAUAGGGAUGACCAUUUUAUUGUUUUAUCUAUUGCACUAAUUGUACCACUUAUAGUUUUUCAAAUGAUUAUUCAAAUGCAAAAAUAAAACAGGAGAGUGUAUAUAUUAAGUAUAUACCUUGAACUGAGUUUUUUGUAUCAUCCUACCUGUUACUCUCUAAUAUACAGUUACAGGGUCAUCAGCCCUUAUACCCCUUUCUGUGGGGAUUUAACCGCCAGCUGGCAAAAUAUUAAUGUAUGUUUGAUAAGGGGAAAUCACUCUAUAUUAAUAAGUUUGCUUCCUAUUUACAUUUCUAUCUGUGUGUUAACAUGCUUUUAUCAGGGAUUAUUUUGUGAUUCAUCGAAUGUGAAAUUUAAAAAUAAAAUUUGUCUCCAAUAAUGUCUUAUGUCGGAGAGGGUUCCCCUCUUUAUUGCAAAAUCAACACGGAAUUUCUUUAUUGGAAUUAUUUCAAAUAGAUUAAAAUGAAAGCAAUGAUGUCAGAGAUAUUCCAAAUGCUGGUAAUGAUAAUAUUAGCUCUAGCAGUGGUAGCGAAAAAAUAGUCAAGUUAUUGACAAUUUUAGCCCUAAGCUUAGUCGCAUAGUUGCAGACAUUCAUUUGGGUAAAGUUGGAAAUCAAACUGAAAAAGACAAAGAUGGGAUUUCAAAGACAUUUAUCUUUGUGCAUAGUCUGGAGUAUUAAUUAAUUUAAAAAAUGGAUUUAAUAACUUCAACUGAAAAGGAUUUUUUGAACUCAUUUCCUGCCUUUCUCCUUAUAUUUUUUAUGACAGAAAUUUGAAGGUAGUGAAUACAAAAAUUCACAAAUAUUACAAUUUUCUAUAUGCGUAACUAGUCUAUAACUUGAAAUUUUUCUCAAAAACUUCAUGGUUUGAACAAUUUAUGGAGUAUUUUGGGUGGGUUGAAUUUUAUUCCCUCUGUCAAUCAAGGUCAAUAUCAACAUCAUAAUUCAGAAGUUUAAUAGUAAAAUUUUACUUACCCUGUAAAUGUGGAUAUCUACAUAUAUAAAUUAAAAUUUUCAUACCCAAAUAUACCUUGUCCAAUGUUCUCUCAGAAAAAAAUGAAUACUUGUAAGGGUCUCUGAAUUCAUAUAGUCUGGGAUUUUUGACAAUUAUAUAAAAAUUGUAAAAACGACUUGACCAACAGAAAAAUGUUCUUGAUGGUGAUAGUGUUUGUACUUCUUAAAUUAAUUUACAAUUAUUUUUUUCUAUCAGGGAAAGCAGAAGCAAGCAAAAAGGACACAGACAUUCUUUCAGUUCUGUAAUGCUGAUAGCGGCAUCUUGCUCUGCACAGAUGUGGCAGCAAGAGGUCUGGAUAUUCCCCAAGUAGAUUGGAUUGUGCAAUAUGAUCCCCCUGAUGAUCCAAAGGUGAGUUUAAAUCUAUUAGAGUUUUUUGUUAGUUUAUGCUUUUUUGGUUUAAGACAUAAAUCUCCUGUGUUUGUGUUGUAGUUAUCGUCAUAGAGAUCUACUGGCCAUUUGGGCAUGUGUCCUGCGGCCUUGGUGAGUAAUUUACAUAUACUUUGGUAGAUGGUUUAGGUGUAAAUCUUGAAAUGCUGGGUGGUGGAAGUGCAGUGCUGAUGAUAUUAGGCAUGGACACUUUUUUUUUUUAUGCCUGAUUGUAAAUCAAAUUUUUAUUUUGUCAGGAGUACAUUCAUCGUGUUGGUAGAACAGCCCGUGGAGAAGGUGGUAGAGGAAAUGCAUUACUAUUCCUCAACCCGCAAGAGCUGGCUUUCCUACGUUACCUACGCAUGGCCAAGGUGCAAGUCAAUGAAUUCCAAUUUCAGUGGAAUAAAGUUUCCAACAUUCAGCCACAAGUAUGCUAUAUAAUUCAUAAUCCCAUCUUUGUAAUAGUAGAAUAGUGCUUAGUAACAUCUUUACUGUUGAUCAACAUUUCUAGUUUGCUUUAUCUUUUAAACAUUUGCUGUACCAGUAUUCAGCUUAUCACGAAUUUCGUUCCCCUUUUGUCAGCUUUUAAAGAUUUCAAAAUUUAACCGGUCAAACAAUUGUUUUCCUAAUUAUCAGUGAGACCCCACUGUGGUGGAUAGUCGUCUAGGAGUAGGUACCCUCCGUAUGGCCACCAAAACAAUUUUAGAGUCUAGAAAUCUGUUGCUUUCUCAUUGCCCCUACUAAACUCAUGCGUAGUAAACCAGUUACAAUUUUAAAAAAACAUGAGAUGCUUUCAAAAAUCAGUGUUCUUUAAUUAUUGAUAUACUGUGUUAAACAUAGGGCAGAGUAAUGACAAACCAGUGAUAAUGGUGUUCACAGUAGAAGAAAGGAAACUCCUGUUCACCAUACGAAGAUGUACUCAGCUCAAAGAACCAAUUACUCACACCUUAAAAAAAAUUGCUUCUUGUUGCUCACAACAAUAAUUACACAUCCCAUGUCAUAGCUCAUACAUCAUUCUUGGCUGAGUAAAAUUGGUGCAAUAUAAGGGAAGUCACUAAAGGAAAAACACUAUCACUCCCUGACAAAAUUAGACACUGACAUCACAUGGUCUGACCUUGACAUCCACUAUAUCAUUCUAAUUGGGGUCCAUCAAAUCUAAUGGUGUUAACAAUGGGUUGUAAUAGUUUGAUGAUAUUUGCUGGCAAUGGUGAUGGGAUUUUUUGGAAAGAAAGGAAAUAGUUUUUUUUUUAAAAAUUAUUUUGUUUAAACCUGACUUUUCAUUUCUUCUUGUUAGUAAACUAUGUGUAAAUGAAUUUACGAAAUUUUGGGAGUCAUGUCACGACCACAUCAUAUAUGAAUUUGCAAUAUAGCCGGGCUCCACUGUGUAUAGAGAAAUAAUAAUUUAGUCAAUUUGUAUUUGUCUUCAUUUCAGUUGGAGAAACUCAUCAGUAAGAACUAUUACCUCCACAAGACUGCACAAGAAGGGUUCAAAGCUUAUAUUCGAGCUUAUGCAUCUCAUAAACAGAAAGCUAUCUUUGAUGUAUCCAAGCUGGAUAUUACAAAGUCUGCAAAGUCUUUUGGGUUUGCUGUAGCCCCAUAUGUGGAUUUACGUAUCCUUUUAUUUUAUGGUGCAACUAUGAUAUUUUAUAAAAUGCCAUUUAAGCAGUAUUUUCCAUACAUAGGCUAAUCCUGCAAAUGUUUCUUCUGUUACUCCGUCUUGACAUCUAAUUUUAAAUAGUAAAUGAAAGAGAGAAAAAAGGUCUGUAUGAAUUUAAUCUUUCAUUUGCAGAGUACUAUUUUGGUUCUAAGAUCAUGAUGACAGAAAUAGCAAAAGAUGUUUGAAAAUAGUUUAAGUUGAGUUUCUUCAGUCUGCUGGUUUUUACUCUUAGUUUAUCUGUUGGAGUUAGAACAUUUGGAACUGGUUUGAGGGGGAGUUCCUUUAUGUCUUGCUUGUAUUUCAUUCAUUUAAUUACUAACAAUGAUUGCCUAACUAAAUCUUGCAUUUUCUAACUGAUAUGUAUAAAGCUAGGUUGAUGGGAACCAACUUUGUUAAAAUUAAAUUACCCAACACCAAGACCUUGUGGUUUCCUUGACUCAGUUUCCAGAUGUCAUCAACAACAAGACCCAGGCUCGUCAAGGGAGGGCACCAGGUGGUGGCUACAAGAACCAGAAACAGAUGCAUAAAUCCAAGAUCUUCAGAAAUGUCGGCAAAAACAGAUAAUUUAUUAUGGUGCUUAUCAUUCUGAGUGGACACACACUGAACGGGGAAUAAAAUUCAUGUAUAUCAGCUC